AUGGACGACACGGAAACGCCUCUAACUGAAGCGACAUCAGUUUCUUUAAUUCGGAUAGAAAGUAGUCAGCCUGCAGCAGCUUCUACCCUUGAAAUACUCCCCCUCACUCAAACGCCCUCUUGCACUUAUGUCUCUGGUGCGAUACCUUUCACACAGUCACGGUGUCUGUCUACAAGUCUUACUGCAGACACGGAGAACAUAAAUCCUAAAAGUGACGAGAAGGGAUCGGCUCAGCCCGCUAUUUUUGUUACUGGAUCAAACCUCUCUCCAAUAGAAAUUAACGCACUCCGUCGUUUCUGUCGUCAGUUCAAUGCAUUCGAGAUGCCGAGCUUUGAGCCAAAUCGCACGACCCACGUGGUCAUGGCGACACAGGUGACACGACCACGAGUGGCCCAACGCACACUGAAGUACUUCAUGGGCAUCCUCUAUGGUGCAUGGGUGGUAAACACGCUAUGGGUUCGCAAGUGCCUCUUGGCUGCCACACUACUGCCCGAGGAAACCUUUGAGAUCCAAGGCGAUACGAUGUGUGGCGACUGUCACGAAGGUCCGCGCCGAGGAAGGCUGCGUGUAGCAGCGAUUCCUCCUUCGCUGAGCACAUCGAAUCAAUGCACUGCCCUCCUUUCUUACCCAGAUCAACGGGGACCCUUUACGGGCCUAUUACUUUGCCCUUUUGGCGAUAUCAGUCCACUCACUCCAAAAGAUUUCGAUGCUCUGGUUAUUGGUGGUGGCGGUACUCCCAUCACCGAACCUUCUCUCUUCCCGUCCGAAGUUGUUGUCACCGCCACCGACGCUACGGGAAAUAAAUCCAGGCGUCUCAUCUUCACCUGU